AUGUCUCGCUCGGCAUCAGUCACGACAAAGCAUCCCGAGCUUCAAGAUGUCAGAGAAUCAACUGUUCAGAAACAUCCAGUUCGCUGGUACCGCUCAACCUUCUACAACGCCACAGUACUUGGCCUCUGUAAUUUUGCUGCACCGGGUAUUUGGGGAGCGAUGAACUCUCUCGGCGCUGGCGGGGAGGAGAAACCGUACCUCGUCAACGCUGCAAAUGCCCUGACCUUUUGCCUCAUGGUGGUGUCGUGCACCUGCUCCCCUGUCCUCACAAAGUACAUUGGCAUCAAAGGCUCUCUCAUUUUUGGCACUCUGGGCUACGCCCCUUAUGCGGCAGGACUCUACACCAACAAUCGUUUCGGCACAGAGUGGUUGGUGCUGUUGGGAGCAGCACUCUGCGGUAUUUCGGCUGGCGUCUUCUGGUCUGCAGAGGCCGCUAUUGCGAUGGCAUAUCCUGAGCCGUAUAAUCGCGGAAAAGUCCUGGGGUACUGGCUCACUUACCGCCUUGGUGGACAGAUUCUGGGCGGCGCAAUCAACCUUGGCAUCAAUGCGGAUCGAAGCGAGGCGGGCAAGGUCAGCUAUACGGUGUACUUGGUCUUCAUCGCGCUGCAGGCAACGGGCCCGUUCGUUGGGGCGCUGCUGAACCGGCCUCACAAAGUCGAGCGCACCGACGGUCUCAGGGUCGAGUUGGAAAUCCUUGAACAUCCGUGGCGCGAGCUCAAGGCUACAAUACGGACGUUCUUCACCAAGGAAUACCUGCUGCUGGUUCUGUUUAUCGGUCAGGCCGUAUACGCCGAGGCUGUUUUCUUCACCUAUCUCUCAUUGUGGUUCAGUGUCCGUGCUCGCGCACUCGGCUCGUUCUUGUCUGGUAUCAUUGCCGUGACAUGUGGCAAUGUGCUCGGUCAUUACCUUGAUCGAACCAAACUCUCGGUGAAGCUCAGGUCGAGAACUGCUUUCUUCACCAUAGUUGUGGUGCAAGGUGGAUGGUGGAUCUGGGUAACUGUCCUUGUAACCAAAUUCCGACACACGAGGCCAUCGUACGACUGGACCAGCAGUGGCUUCGGUCAUGCUUUUGUUCCCUUCUUGUUCCUAACCACAGGCUUCCAGCUGAACUACUUGUACUGUUAUUUCAUGAUGGCACAGUUGGCCACAACGCCGGUCGAGAUCAUUCGGUAUGCGGCGUUGCUUCGUGGGACGGAAUCCGCCUGGCAAGCUGUCAGCUACGGGUUGAAUUCAAUCAAGAUCUUUGCUGAAGUAGGCGGAGUUUAUAUCAACUUCGGACUGUGGGCAGCAGCGCUGCUGCCGGCGUGGCUGGUAGUGAGACACUUUGGCAACGAUGCCGUUGCUUCUGCAGCCGAAGGAGACCAGAGCAUUUCUCAUUCUGAAAGUGCGUCUGCCGAUGAAGCUAUCGAGGCGCGUCUCGGGAAGGAGGUAUGA